AUGUCCAUUGGCUUUACCGUUCCUGUCGUCAUGCUCUGCCAGGGCCCUCUGUCAGAUACCCGCAGCAUUGUGAUGAUCAUUGUCGGCUUCGUACUAACGGGGCUAUUCAACACCGUUUCGGCCUACUUCCUGGCCUUUCCAGUCCAGUGCCUCCUGGUUCGCUGCGACAAACAAUUCUGGGUCGACAGAGAGACCGACGUCGAAGAUGGCGAGGCGCGGAGGACACCGAAACUAAGCAAGCGGUUUCAAUCGCUCCACAAUACUUCUCCCGCAGACAGUUCCGUGACGGUUGGCUCCGACCCCUUGGGGGAAUCAUCCUUUGAAGGCGAUGAGCGUGCCCAGCAACUAGUCGAGAACACCCCGGUGGGGAUACACAGAGCGUCGUAUUGGCAUUCCCUUCGCAGCUGGGCCUUCCGCAACCCAGUUCUCCUCCUCUGCUGGCUCUUCACUUUCACCCUCGGCCUUCCACUCCGCUACAGAGCCGAGAGUGAUGUCAUCCUCGCCACCUUCCUCCUCCUCUCCGUAUGGCUCACAACUCUAGCCAUCCAGACGAACAUAAAGCACAGCCCGCGUCUGGCGUCAUGGCUCCGGACCCUUCUCUCCGGGCUCUUCAACGCCGUUCUCUGGACCUCCGUUACCAUGAUAGCCUACAUCUUCGCAGACUCAGCCAUCAGCAAACGCCCCUUGCCCGCCAUGCUCGGCGCCCUGCAAUCUCACACCCCGCUGUCAACCCUGAUCGUCCGCGCCGCCUCAGCUGCUCCUCCUCCUCCAACUCCAGAUCCCGGCACAAGCACAGGCACGGGCUCAGACGCACCACCCACCCUAGCAGCAGGCGACAUCGCAAUCUCGAUCCUCAACUCGGGCCUCGUGGCAUGGGGGCUCAAGCUCUACGAGUACCGGGGGCAGGUGCUCUCCCGCGGCGGACUGACUGUCUGUACCGUCUCGGCCGUGCUUGCGUUAGCCAACACAGUCUGCGGCCCGCUCUUCGCACGCCACGUGCUGGGUGUGGCGCCCGCGAGCCGGGCGCUUGCCUUCGCGGCGCGGAGCGUGACCAUUGCGCUGGCCAAUCCAGUCAUGGCGAUGCUGGGCGGGGAUGCCGGGCUCAACGCGGCGAUGGUGGUGGGCAGUGGGAUUGUGUACCAGAUGGGUCUCGGGUUUGGAGCGGGGAGGUGGUUGGAGGCCAGGGUCUGUGGCUGGGCGGUGCGCAGAUGGCGGUUGAGGCCAUGGGAUGUUGAGGGGGGGCCAACAACGACGGCUGUGACUGCGACUGCUGGGAGGGAGAGAAGAGUUGUUGAAGAUGGUGGUGGUGGUGACACGGCGAUGGGAGGACAGGCAGCACAGGAGGCCCGGCAUAGAGCAAAUGACCCACGGUUCGUCGCGGCAGGCGUCACGGUCGGCAUUAAUGCUGCGGCGAUGGGCACGGCGUAUCUUUACGAGACGCAGAACGAGGCAGCGCCACAUGCGGCAUUGUCGAUGAUUGCGCUGGGCAUCAUGACGGUGGUCUUCUCCAGCAUUACGCCGUUCGCGCGCUGGAUUGUGGACAGUAUGUCGACAUGA